AUGACUAUUACGCAAGAAAAACUGGAAGACUUGUCGAGGGGAAUCCUCCUCCCGAUUGUGUUGGUGCUCGACGCCUGGGUGUUCCAGUACCUGGUGUUUGUCUAUUGGCUGCGGCGUCGCGAGUUCCGAGUGAAAAUGUUGUUCGUGGCCUCCUUUCUCGCCUUUAUCGCGCACAUUUACUCCCACGAGACAUACGAGACGCUGUGGGAGUUUAACGACAUCUCGGAGACGUGUCUGCAGCUGACGUUCACGAUCCAGAUCACGAUCAUCGGUCGCGAUGUAUCCAAGAAAGUCAAGCUUCGCUCUAUCGUCCACUUCACGCACGCUGCCGAGGUGCUGAUCCUCGCGAGUUGGAUCGACGUGCUCGGGACUGCGCUCGAAGUCGCGGGCGUCAAUCUGGGCACGAGAAUGCACGAACUGGAGAAUUGGGUGGAGUCUCUCUCGCUCGCGUUCGUGCUGCGACGUGCGUUGCUCUCGCUGCGUGCAACAACGGCCUCGUGUCUGCGACCGUCGAAUCUUGAUCCGCAUCGGGAGCUCGCUGAGGACGACGGCAACGACAUGUUCGUGUACAAGGUGCCGUUCAUCACCGGCACGAUGGUAAUUACUAUCGACAAGAACAGCCUCUCGCGGGUCUCGGAUUCGACACCCACAGAUCCGUCCAAGGUCUACGACUUCGGGCAGCUGGAGAAGAAGACAAAGUCUGGCUCUGGCAGCAAGGAGAGGGGUCUGUUCGAUUUCGUGGCGACGCAUUUCGUGCAGUACAAGUUGACGCAAAAGGCGGUUUCGUGGGUAAAGGGCAUUUUCUAG